AUGUUGCUUGAACGCCCCACUUUACCUCCUGUGAAACUCCUUUGCGCGUACGUGCUUUGUUUUUUCCCGCCGCCCCGCCCCGCCCCGCCCCAGAGUUCCCUCGACGCCCGCAGACGUCGCGGCCUGAUCGCGGGAGCGGCUUUCGGCUACAGCCAGGCCAUCCUCUUCUGGGUGUUCGCGCUUCUCUUCUACGUGGGAGCAGUGCUCGUCGAUGACGGCACGGUCGGGUACAAGAACUUCUUCACGGCGAUGUUCGCGGUUAUCUUCGGAGCCUUCGGGGUUGGACAGAUCAGCUCUGACGCGAAAGAUGCCGGGGAAGGAGAACAGGCGGCGGCAAAGAUCUUCCGCCUCACGGACGAGCCCCUGAACAUCGACCCCUUGUCCGAGGAGGGAGCCAGGCCCGCCACGACCGACGGGGCCGUGGAGUUUAAGAACAUCUUCUUCGCCUACCCUUCCCGCCCUAACAUGCAGAUCUACGGAUCGGACAAGUACCCCCAAGGCUUCUGCUUGGACGUGGCCGCGGGCGAGACUGUGGCGCUCGUGGGGCCCUCCGGAGGGGGAAAGUCCACCUGCAUGGGGCUGCUGCUGAGGUUCUACGAGGCAUCUAAGGGAAGCGUGACGAUCGACGGCCGCGACGUCAAGGAGGUCAACGUCAAGUGGCUCCGCUCGCAGAUCGGCUACGUGGGUCAGGAGCCGGUACUGUUCCAGGGAACGAUCCGCGAAAACAUCGCCAAGGGGGACCCCGGCGCAAGCGAUGACAGAAUCCAGGAGGCUGCCAAGGCCGCCAACGCCCACGACUUCAUCAUGGAAUUCCAGGAGGGCUACGAUGCUGACGUGGGCGAGAAGAGCGCUCUCUUGUCCGGGGGCCAGAAGCAGCGAAUCGCCAUCGCCCGGGCCAUCCUCAACAACCCUCCGAUCCUUCUCCUCGACGAGGCUACCUCGGCCCUCGACAACGAGAGCGAGAAAGUGGUACAAGAGGCCCUUGACCAGCUGCAGGCGAAGCAGAAGCGGACGACCCUUACCGUGGCUCACCGCCUGACCACGAUCCGCAACUCCGACAAGAUCGCCGUGCUCAACGGCGGGGGCGUGCAGGAGCUCGGCACGCACGACGAGCUGCUGGCCCUCAAGGGCUUGUACUCGACGCUGUGGAACCAGCAGACGAGCAAGCUCACGGGCGAGUAACAUAGCGACGGC